CGACUAUAGAGGCAAGCAUCAUACGCGCCCAUGCCAGCUGAAACCGUCAACAACGAGUACGUGUACGUCUACACUCUCGACUCCACCGCCGCCAGCCUCAUCGCCAUCAGCUUUGCGCUCUUCAUCGUUCUGCCCAUCGCUACGUGGGCCUGGUUCGUGAGCCCGCUCUGGCGGAGCGGCGGCACGAGCGGCUGGAUCGCGCGCGGCGGCGGCGGGCGGAUGCACAGCACGGCGAGGGGCGCGAAGCGCCGCACCCCGCCGCCCGCCCUCGUCUCCUUCCGCGACGUGCACUACUCGGUGACGCUGCCGGGCCGCGAGAGGCAGGAGCUGCACGUGCUCAAGGGCGUGAGCGGGGUGCUGCGGCCGGGGACGCUGACCGCCAUCAUGGGGCCGUCGGGCUGCGGCAAGUCGACCCUCCUCGACGUCCUCGCCGACACCAAGCGCGUCGGCGUCGUCGAGGGGGACGUGCGGCUGAACGGCGCAGAGCGCGGGCCGGACUUUCGGUCGACGUGCGCGUACGUGAUGCAGGAGGACUGCUGCCACUCGACGCUCACCGUCCGGGAGACGCUCUGGUUUGUCUGCGCGCUGCGGCUCGGUCCCGACAUUGGCCGGCACGAGCGGCUCGAGCUGAUUGACGCGACGAUGGAGGACGUUGACCUCGCUCACGUCGCCGACACGCGGAUCGGCGACGACGUGUCUGGAGGCUUGUCGGGCGGACAGCGCCGCCGCGUCACGAUCGCGAUCGAGCUCCUCUCUGGCCCCGCGCUGGUACUGCUCGACGAGCCAACCUCUGGGCUGGACGCGUACGGCGCGCAGCAGGUGGUCGCGGCGCUCCGCCGCUUCGCGGACCGCGGCCGCACCCUCGCCUGCACCAUCCACCAGCCGCGCGCCGAGACGUUCCGGCUCUUCCACCAGCUGCUGCUGGUCAAGGCGGGCGAGACAAUGUACUGCGGGCCGGUGGCGCAGGUGCCCGACUUUCUUCGCGGCUGCGGCGUGCCGUGCCCGCCGUCGGUGAACCCCGCCGACGUGGUGGUCGACCUCACGCACACCAAGGAGGCGGACGCGGACGAGGACGGCGGCGAGGCGGUCGACUUGGUGGCGCGCUUCGCAGAGUCGGACCUCCGGCGCGAGAUCGAGGCGGAGAUCGACUCGGUCGAGAUCGGCCGCCAUCCCGCGCUGGCGGACCUGGCGGCCCAGUCGCUCAAGGCGCCGCAGGAGGAGGAGGGGCGCGGCGGCUGCUGCGGCGGCGGCGGCGGCGGCGGCUACCCAAACCCGCUGCUGCACCAGGUCGGUGUGCUCGUGCGGAGGCAGUGGACGCUGGACCUGCGCGACUUUGGGUACAAGUUCACUUGGGUCCUCAACGGCUUCGUGCUCGCCCUCAACGCCUCCACGUACCUCCUCGUCGCGCAGCCGCCGCUCGACGCGCAGCCCGCCUCCGUCUACCGCGACGACAUGGGCUGCUCGGCGAACCUCGGUAGCGGCGACGGGGUGCAGGGGUGCGUCUGCCACUUGGACAUGGCAGACAGCGCCGACGGCGGAUACACCGUGGCCGACGACGUGGCGGAGUGCGGCCAGGCGCUGGUGGCGCGCACCAACGUUGACUUUGCGCACCGCGGCUUCCUCUUCCUCGUCGUCAACGCGCUCUUCAUCAACGAGGCGGUCUUCGUCCCGACCAUCAUCGCGGACAAGCGCUUCUUCGCGCGCGAGCACGGAGCGCGCGCCUACUCUGUCCUCGCCUGGCACCUCGCCUGGCUGGUCAAGCUCGGGCUCACCGCGGCGCUCAAGGCGCUCUUCUACACGCCCUGCUUCUACUUCCUCGGCCAGCUCCGCCUCGACGCCACGGCCUACCUCGCCGCCGCCUUCGCCACCGGCGGGAUGGGCUUCGCCGGCUCCGCGGUCGCCAUGCUCAUCACCACGCUCAUGCCCGGGCUCGGCGCCGCCACCACCGCCUUCGGCUGCGCGGUGCUCCUCUACCAGAACGUGUGCGGCUUCUUCCUCCCGAUCGCCGCCAUCCCGCCCUACCUGCUGUGGCUCGCCUGGUCGUCCGUCUUCACGUACGGCUACUACGCAAUCAUCAACUCGCAGCAGCUCGGCACCGUCAUGACGGGCGCCGGCGAGAACGUCGAGGACCGGCUCGUCUUCGCCUUCUGCUUCGUCCUCUACGCGUGGUGCUUCCUCUUCCACGGCGUCGCCUACGCCAUCACUCGCGCCUACUCCUCCCACCACGCAACAUACCUGGGCCCCGACGGGCCGCGCAGCGCGCAGACCCGACGCGCGGCCGCCGCCGCCGCCGCGGCGGGUGGCGGCGCCGCCGCCGCCCCGUCGCCGUCGCCCCCGCUCGGCGCGACGGCCGCGAUCGCGGACUUGCGCCCCCCUCCGGUGACGCCGCCCGACGAGCUGCCCUCCGCUCCACCGACGCCAAAGUCAAGCAGCAAGCGGCGGGGCGGGCUCGCCACGCCGGCGUCGGCCACGUCGACGCCGUCGCGCUGGAGCAAGGUGCGCGACGUCGUCGCCGGCGCCGACACGUCACGCGGCGACGGCGCCGCGGCGCUGCGCGGGCAGUACCCUCUCUCGCCGCUGCGGAGGACGCUGGACCAGGCGCGCGCGCGGCUGGUGUUCGUGCAACGGCGGCGCUGAACUGCCUCCUCACUCCAUUCCUCACUGAGCCAAGGUGCGCGCGCAGCUGGUCAUGAUGCACG